ACACACACUGCAUUGAUGCGACAUCUUCAGCCUUUCCCACAAGCAAUAGAAUCACCUCUACUCUACUCUACUGCUCCCCUCUCUCUAUCCUUCUUGCGCGUCCUUUCAUUUCCUCCCAAACCCUAGCCCAUCCCCCUCUCCCCCCUCUCCCUCCCUCUCUCUCUCCCAUCUCUCUCUCCCCCUCUCCCUCCCUCCCUCUCUCUCUCCCAUCUCUCUCUCCCCCUCUCCCUCCCUCUCUCUCUCUCCCAUAUCUCUCUCCCUCUCCCUCCCUCUCCCUCCCUACCUCCUUCCUCUCUCUCUCUCCCUCUCUCUCUCCCACUGCAGCUGAAAUCCAUAUAAUUUACAUGGAUGAAUCCGAUAAGCUGGAUCCCCCCACUGACUUCUCCCCCGAGUCAAGCUGGACACUCGGCGCCGACCCGGCCAACAUGUACAACACUUUCUUCCCCGAUAGCGACUUCGGAUGGAAUCUUCAUCCCGAGAACCCCCACAAUUUCGCCGACUUCGAUCGGAUCGACCAUAAUUUCGCCGGAUCUUCCACUUUUCCGGCGAUCACUAGGGUUCCUCACGAAAACCCUAGCAGUAACAACAUAGAUACCGUGCUCCCCGAAAUGGAGGCUCAAAGUGGCCCGGCGGCUGAUAAUAACCAGUCGGUGUCAUCCAGUACGUCGGAAGACCUGCCGGAAAAGUCGACAGCCUCCGCCUCUUCCGCCGACAUAGCCACUCCGGAGACAGCGAUCAAGGAGAAGAAGAAGGGGGCGAAGAGGAUUCGGCAGCCACGGUUUGCGUUCAUGACGAAAAGCGAUAUCGAUAAUCUUGAAGACGGUUAUCGGUGGAGAAAAUAUGGACAGAAAGCUGUUAAAAAUAGUCCAUUUCCUAGGAGCUAUUACAGGUGCACAAACGGCAAAUGCUUGGUGAAGAAACGAGUGGAACGAUCUUCUGAUGAUCCAAGCACUGUAAUCACAACUUACGAAGGCCAGCACUCUCACCACGCCAUUGGAUUUCCUCGAGGUUCCCCGCCAGGCUUCAUCACUCACCAAGGCUUGAUUUCCCAGCACUUUUAUCCUCCGGGAAUUCAGUUUCCAGCUCCAGGACGACAGCAAGUAAGUAAUUCUCGGCUUAUUCAACCACGCCAAUUGAUUUCAGCGGCUCGAGAAUCGCCCACGGAUGGCUUGCUUGGUGAUAUUGUGCAUCCGGGAGGGCGUACGUAGCUGCUUAACUUGGACUCAUUAAUUAGCUAGGGUAUGUGUAGUACUUUUUGAUUUUUGAUUAACUAAUUGAUGAGCUUAAUUAUUUAAAUUAACAUUCUUAUGAAAUGUUAA